GACAUUACAAAUCCCUAGAAGCAAGUGAUUCCUGUGCUGCAGCGGGCUCUGGGAAAUAAACACAGAUAGUGCAGCUUUAUCGCAUGUUCCAACAAGCUGGUUUCUGUUCCAGCAAGUGCCAGGAGCUCGCAGUCCUCACCGAUUGAUCCCGAGCGGUGUGGAGCCCCAGCCAAUCAUCGUAAUCCUGUGUACAGUAAAACCCUAGUGCAGGAUUUGGAUCUCACUCACUUCCAGGCGCUGGGACUGAGAGCCAGCUCUGCAUUCAGGAUAUUGGUGUGGGGCCUGUGCUGAGGUAUGCAAGCUAUAUUCCUCCUCUCCCUUCAAGCAAAAUAGGCGCCUGGAGGCCCAAAACCUGGACAAAGACAUGGAGUCUCCACCUGCGCUGGUUAGAAACACAGCAGAUUAAUAAAUCACUCCCUACCGGGUGAUCUUCGUCCCCAUUUGAAAAGCGAAUGGUGUGUUCUAGCUGUAAUCAUGGAAAAGCAGGAACUUAGCGAUGGAGCUGGCGUCCCACAAGGAAAGAUUACUCUGGUGUCCUCACCAGUGCGUGCCGUCAUACGCAUGCGCAAAAAGCUCAGGACGUUAAAGAAUGGAUGCUUGCAGCUGGAUAUGUCUGGGAAAAGGUUCACCGACAGCCCAAAGUCAGCUUUUCGACAAACCUCUGCCGAUAAAUGUAAGUCUUCAAACUUUGAAAAGCCUACCAUUUUUAAAUUUGACUCACCAACGUUAGCAGAGGUUUCUUUAAAUCACCAGCCACGCAAGUCAAAACGCAAGAAAUCCAGGCCCGUGUUAUAUCCAGGUAAUGCCAGAAAAUACUUGCCUGUGGAACAAAAGAGCAAAGCCAAACGCUGCCUCAUACUGUUUAUAUUAAUUGUUGGAUUCCAGAUUUUAAAUGCCAUUGAGAAUUUAGAUGACACUGUUUUAAAGUAUGACUUGGAGGGAUUGGAAAAGACAUUGAAGAGGGACGUGUUUGGCCAACAAACUGCAGUUGCAAAAAUGAUGGAUCACUUGAAGGACUACCUAGCCACACAUUAUCACAACAAGCCACUGGUGGUAUCUUUAAAUGGGCCCAGUGGUGUUGGCAAGAGUCUUAUGGGUAGGUUACUGGCCAAGCACUUCCAGUCAGUCAUGGACAGUGAUUUCAUCUUACAAUAUUACGUUCUGCACAACUGCCCAAAAAGCUCAGACGUUGCUUUGUGCCAAGCGGAGCUGUCCAAUCUGAUCUCCGACAUGAUCAGUCGAGCAGAAAUUGAAGAGAAGAUCCCAAUUUUUAUAUUUGAUGAAAUGGAGGCCAUGUCUCCACCUCUGCUCGAUGUCUUGCAGGGCUUUUUCCAACUGAACCAAACGAACGAGUACCUCAAUGCUGUGUAUGUACUAAUCAGCAACUUGGGAAGCAGCGAAAUCACUGACUAUGUCCUGAAAAAUGCUACAAAUAGCAUCAAUACUGUGGAGCAUGACCUUCGCCAGAUUGUAUGGUCUAUCUUGAAGGGCCAUCAUUCCAUUUGGAAAGUUGCUGAAAUUGUACCUUUUGUGCUCUUGGAACAAAAACAUGUUAUGAGUUGUUUUCUAGAUGAACUACUCCAGGAAGGGUUCUACCCAGACAAGGAGAAAAUAAAGAACUUGGCAGAGGAGCUAAAUUAUUACACUGUAAAUGGUACAAAGUACUCUACGACAGGAUGCAAGGAGGUAGUAGGGCGGGUGAAUCUUCUGCAUCCCAUUCACAGGCACAUUGACCUGAGAACGGCUUGAUAUUACCUGUGUCUAUGGAUUACUUUUCCCAGGAUACAGAACUAGAAUGGUAUGAUGUCUACAUGGUUUUAGCGGAAGCAUUUUGUAACUGACCUUGUGUACGAAUUGUGAGACAGAGUUUACCAUGAGUAGAAAACCAAAGUGUGGGUGAAUAGGACAUUUAAAUAUAAGGAAUUCCAAAUUACGGAGGAGGAUAACAUAUUAGAAAAUUAAAAUGUCCGUGUGUCUGUUUAGCAAAGGCAGGGACAUCUGGAGUGAUCUGUAUCUUGUAACAAGUUGAGAAUGAUCACAAGUGGUGUUGGUUCGCUGAGACCUCAGUUCUCCAGCUGAUCUUGGGCAGAAGAUUAUGGGAAAUAUAGUCCAAUAACAGAGGGGAGGCAAAGAACUGGAUACAUGGACAGUGUAGAACCCGGUAUGGCCAGUUUAGAGCUACUAUUUGCCUACCAUGAAACCAUGUUAAUAGAGAAUAGAACAUCUUAAAAUUAAAUUGUUGUGAAA